AUGAACAGACUUCAGUGGCGUAUUUUAGUGGAUAACUUACCUCUUACAGAAUAUUUUAGCUUUUCCAAGGAUGGUCCCCUUGCUUAUCGGAGUUUUUCAACUACAGUUUUGACUCCUGAUUCAAGCGGAGGUGCUUUUCCAUCCAAUUUACUGUCUUCAAAGACUGUACUAACACCAGAGUGUACUAUAGGACUUUUUGAAGACCUAGUAAUUCCCUUGACAAAUUUUCAUGAUGAAUACAAGGGAUUCAUGGUUUUGCUUGGUGGAUGUUUUUAUGUGCCUAUUGGAAAGGAUAUUAUCCAUCGUGUUGUAUUAUGGCAGCUUGCAAAACGACAACAGGGAACUCAUUCAACAAAAACUAUUAGUGAGGUUAGUGGGACUGGUAGAAAGCCGUGGCAACAAAAGGGUCUUGGUCAAGCAAGGCAUGGAACCCUGCGUGGUCCCCAGUUUCGAGGUGGUUCUACCAUGCAUGGCCCUAAGCCAAGAAGUCAUGCUAUUAAGUUGAAUAAGAAGGUUCGACGUCUUGGACUGAAGAUUGCACUAUCUGCUCGUGCUGCUGAAGGGAAGCUUCAUGUCUUCGAGGAUUUGGAGGUCCCUACACAUAAGACCAAAAAUAUUGUGAACUAUGUAAAUCAAAUGGAGAAUACCAAGAAAGUACUGCUGGUGGAUGGUGGCCCCAUAAAUGAUAAUUUGAAGCUAGCUACACAAAAUCUACAUUAUGUCAAUGUCUUGCCAUCAAUUGGCUUGAAUGUGUAUAGCAUCUUGCUGCAUGAUACGUUAGUGAUGUCCCGUGAUGCUGUUGACAGGAUUGUUGAGCGAAUGCGCACUCCGAUCAACCGCUGA